UCCAAAGGGUGGAAGAUGCUGGAUAAGGCCACCCUGCUCCUGUUCCUGCAUUUAGUCGCAUGCUCCAUCUCCUCUCCUCUCUACCCAGCUCUCAGGUACAGUCCAGGGCCGGUUGCUGGCAAAGCCGUGAACUUCCAGCUACAGCACAGCAGCCCACUGCAGAGUCAUAACCCCUCGGCAGAGGAACAGGAGGACGAGGAGGGUUUGUUAACGGACUCCACUGAGAAAAGGAUGCAGCGCCAUGCUGAUGCCAUAUUCACCGACAACUACCGGAAAUUCCUGGGACAGAUUUCCGCCCGCAAAUUCUUACAGACCAUCAUUGGCAAGCGGCUUGGAAGCAGCGAGAGCAGCCCAGGAGAAGCGGUGCAUGGAUUUCUGACAAGGCGCCAGUCUGACAGCAUCCUGAUGGACAGCCGCUACCACCAACAGAUGGUACUAAGGGACUUCCUGGGAGCCAUUCUGCAGAAUCAAAGGCCUCAGGACAACAGCAGUCGGUUAGAAAGCUUUCCCAGCACCCUGGCUAAGCUCAUGUAA